AUAUUUCUCAUUCCCUCAUCCUGAUUCCGCCUUCUCUCAUGUCCGUCUGGUGUUUGGUGGUUUGAUCUCAUCACCGACACCCCUUGACAUCCAUUCAAACCGUAUUUACUUUGUGUAAUUCAUCAAAGACUAUUGUCAUCCUUCGUUGGAUUUUAACUUAUAGCAAUGUUGGUGUUAGUAUUGGGCGAUCUCCACAUACCUCAUCGUUGUAGUAGUCUUCCAGCUAAAUUCAAGAAGUUAUUGGUUCCUGGUCGCAUUCAGCAUAUCUUGUGCACAGGAAAUUUAUGUACUAAAGAGUCAUAUGAUUACUUGAAAACUCUGGCAAGUGAUGUUCAUGUAGUCAGAGGUGACUUUGAUGAGAACUUGAACUACCCAGAGCAGAAAGUUGUAACAGUUGGACAAUUUCGAAUUGGACUUUCACAUGGCCACCAAGUUGUUCCAUGGGGGGACCCAGAGUCCUUAUCACUGGUUCAGCGCCAGCUUGAUGUAGAUAUUCUGAUAUCUGGUCAUACUCAUAAGUUUGAAGCGUAUGAGCAUGAAAGCAAAUUUUACAUCAACCCAGGCUCUGCAACUGGGGCCUACAACCCUCUUGAUACAACGGUUACACCUUCAUUUGUUCUUAUGGAUAUUCAAAGUUCAACGGUUGUGACCUAUGUUUACCAACUUGUUGGAGAUGAGGUCAAAGUGGAGAGAAUUGAGUACAAAAAAAGCUGAUACUUUUUGUCAGACUGAUUGCUUUUUUUCUCAUUAAAAAAAAAAUUAAUUCCGCAAUAGGGCUGCACAAAUAUUUAAAUGAUUUUGCAGGUCUUGAAUCUUUGUAACUGUAUGUGACAUUACCCAUAAAAGAGCAAAAGUGAUAUUAGUAUGAUACCUUCUGCUAGAGGUACUGUAUUAUUUGAAUAGAAUUUGGAGUAAGAAGUGGAUGGGACUCACAAAUAAGGCUACAAUUUCUCAUUUCUAUCAGUUUUAUUAUUUUUCAUUAUUCAUCUUAUGUUUAACUCAUGUAUGAGGUCUGAUACAAGUUACGAUUUGUCUAUCAGAUUUCCUUUCCUGAUGUCUAUUGCCAUGUUAAGAUCUGACAUUUU